UUCAAUCCAAGAUUGCUGCCGCCAGCGUUGUUUUCAGGCCGGAAGUGGGUUCCGGGAAGCUCCACGUCCGUCCUUGCCGUUGAUGACAGCCACGUCGACCGCAAGGUUAUUGAGAGGUUGCAAAUCUCUUCUUGCAAAGUGACGGUGGUGAAAAGUGGAAGCAGGGCUCUGCAGUAUCUGGGGUUGGAUGGAGAGAAGAGCUCCAUUGGUUUUGAUUGUGUCAAGUUUAAUUUGAUAAUGAUAGACUACUACAUGCCGGGUAUGACAGGUGAACUGCUCAAGAAGAUAAAGGAAUCAUCUGUGUUUAGAGAGGUUCCAGUGGUGGUUAUGUCUUCUAAAAAUAUCUUGACUCGAAUUGAUAGGUGA